CAGGCCCCCCAUGUUUGUUUCCCCCACAGCACUGACACACAAGCAGGACCUGCAUCUUUUCUGAGAGGGCGCGUUAUUCUCGUAUGAGAGCCGCAGAGCUACACGAUGAGUAAACCGGAUCUGUCCCCCGGGGAUCCGCUGGAUCUCCCGCUCUCCAUCCUCGAAGUCGGUCUUGCUGGGAGAGUGGAGCUAAUUACGGAGCGCCCCGAGCCAAGCGGGUCUUCCUUUCCUUUGUCCACGAUCCCUCAUGGGUUACCACCAUAUGACGUGGACCUGUCUUUCGAAGUCGUGCAGAAGUAUCUCACCGACCCGGACUGGCUUUCCAUUCAUGAUUUCGACAGGAGCCCGAGGUCCUGGCCACGGAUGAAGGACGUUCACUCUCUCUUUCACAUGGAUGUUACUGCCCCGCAUAUGGACCUCACGGUGGAACGUAACGCCGCCACGGGAGAACUGUGUGGGAUCAAUGAGGUCUUGGUGGGCCACGCUGGGAUCUCAGCUCAGAAUUCUCUCUCUCUUCGGCGCCCUCCUGGCCCUCCUUCGCAGUCUGUCAAAGGAAGCACCUCCAAUUUCCCCUUCUGGCCUGGAGGCAUGGAUGAGCCCACUCUGGAACAGAUGAAGGCCGUAAGCGAUGAAGAUGAAGCCUUAGACUUUGAAAAAGAUCUUUUAACCAUUCCACCUGGAUGGAAACAAGGAAUGAACUUCAAACAGACAGAUAUUGGGCGAGCCGCAGGGGCCCUUCCUCUUACCAGCCUUCUGGGGGCCCUGGAUGAUUUCACUUUGGGUGACUCUAGCGAGGACGAGGAAGGAGGUGAAGGACGGGACUUGGCUGGCAAAGGAGCAACAAAGGAGGCGCUGCAGAGGACAGACAGCCUGGAGGAGCUGGGAGUGACGACCGUCUCUCCUCCGCUGCCGCCUCCUCCAACGUCCCCUCCACCAGAUGUCGCUAGUGAGCAGUGGGCCGUCGCUCUUAACAGUAACGAUCCAGUGGCGGAUUUCUAUAAACGCAUCCCUGAUUUGGCCUAUAAGCACCCGUUCGAGCUGGACCCCUUUCAGAAGAAGGCCGUUCUGUGUUUGGAAGCCGGCUCCUCCGUGUUCAUCGCUGCUCAUACAUCAGCUGGCAAGACCGUGGUGGCAGAAUAUGCUAUAGCGCUAUCUCUAAAACACAUGACCAGGACUAUUUACACAUCGCCCAUCAAAGCUUUGUCCAACCAGAAGUUUCGGGAUUUCAAGAUAACUUUCAAGGAUGUUGGACUGAUCACGGGGGACGUGCAGCUGUAUACAGGGGCAUCGUGUCUCAUCAUGACCACCGAGAUUCUCCGUUCCAUGCUGUAUAACGGCUCUGAUGUCAUUCGGGAUCUGGAGUGGGUUAUCUUUGACGAGGUUCAUUACAUUAAUGAUGUGGAGAGAGGAGUUGUGUGGGAAGAGGUCCUGAUUAUGUUACCCGAUCACGUAAACAUCAUUCUGCUGAGUGCCACCGUCCCCAACACCCAGGAGUUCGCAGACUGGAUAGGGAGGAUUAAGAAGAAGAAAAUUUACGUCAUCAGUACGACCAGGAGGCCUGUCCCGCUGGAGCAUUAUCUGUACACCGGGAACAGCCAGAAGACGCAGAAUCAGUUCUUCCUGUUGCAAGAUGCUUCUGGAACGUUUCAGACCAAAGGAUACUACGCAGCGGUUGAAGCAAAGAAAGAGCGAUCGUCUAAAUACUCCCAGACCUUCGGGGCAAAGCACCCGCAUGGCGGAGGGGCCGGGCAUGACAAAGGCACGUGGCUGUCUCUGGUGCAGUCUCUCCGGCAGCGGGAUGCCCUUCCGGUCGUGGUGUUCACCUUCUCGCGCUCUCGGUGCGAGCAGAACGCCUCGGCCCUCUCCACCGUGGACAUGUGCACGUCAGCCGAGCGUAGUGAGGUCCAAACCUAUUACACCAAGUGCCUGAGCCGACUCCACGGGGGCGACCGCAAACUGCCCCAGGUACUACACAUGUUGGAUCUGCUGAAGAGAGGAAUCGGGAUCCAUCACAGCGGGAUCCUCCCCAUCCUGAAGGAGGUGGUUGAGAUGCUCUUCAGCCGAGGACUUGUAAAGAUUCUGUUUGCCACAGAGACCUUUGCGAUGGGGGUAAACAUGCCGGCUCGCACUGUGGUGUUUGAUUCCAUCCGAAAACACGACGGCUCCAACUUCAGGGAUCUGACGCCAGGAGAGUAUAUACAAAUGGCUGGCCGCGCGGGCCGCAGAGGUCUGGAUAAUACGGGGAUGGUGAUAAUACUGUGCAAAUCAAGCGUGCCAGAAAUGAGUGAUCUGCACAAAAUGAUGAUGGGGAAGCCCACCCAGCUGCACUCCCAGUUCCGCUUGACGUACUCCAUGAUCCUCAAUCUUCUUCGAGUGGAAGCGCUGCGGGUUGAAGACAUGAUGAAGAGGAGUUUUGCUGAAUCCAGGACCCAGCGGGACAGUAAGGCGCAUGAGCAGCAGAUAAAGGUUCUUACCAAGACACUGGCAGGCAUGGGUGAGAUUGAGUGCACAGGAGAUCUUGGAGACCUCCAGGACUACUUUGUGACUGUCCAGGAACUGACAUAUACCAGAGAAAUCCUGCAGAAAAGGGUUGCGGAGUCCAUCAAUGGAAUGAAAUGCCUGAGCGUGGGUCGCAUCAUCAUCAUUAGUACCGACUACCACCCUUGGGUGCCCGGAGUGAUCCUUCAGGUGUCCUCAGAUGCCUCAAACAGAAUCUACACUACGUUGGUGCUGUGUGAGAAGAAGCGAGGCGAGGGAGUAAAUACACAGGAAAGAGGGAAAGGAGAGAAGAAAGCACCGACCCCCGAUGACCUACUAAUGGGCAAAGUGUUCCGGCCCGAGGGCCCCUGUGACCACAUGCUCCUCAAACUCCAUGCCUCUGACAUCAUAUAUGUGACUGGGAAAACCUUGCGAGUCCAUGCUGACAAAGUACUUGAUGAUGUCAUCAGGGGUCAGACUCCUCGCUACAGGAAUGAUCCUCCAGGCCCUGCGGUCUCUGGAGUGACUCAGGAGCUCUCACGACUCGCGGAUCUGCCUUCGGGAUCGUUGUCCACCCUCUGCCCGGUCAAUGACCUUCAGUUGAAAGACCUGGAAGUGGUGGAGGCAGUUAGCAGGGCAAGAAGACUCGAAGGCGCUUUGAGGGGGUUCAGCUGCGCCAACAGUCCCAGAUUUAAUAAACAGUAUCUCCUUCUGGAGCAGCGAGCAAAUCUAAUGAAUGAACUGGACCGACUCCGAUUCCUGACCUCCGACCAGUCGCUGAGCCUCUUGCCAGAGUACCAGCAGAGAGUCAACGUCCUGCGCACCCUCCAGUACAUAGACGAUGGAGGCGCAGUGCAGCUGAAAGGCAGGGUGGCCUGCGAAGUCAGCAGCCAUGAACUUCUGGUAACCGAGCUGGUCCUGGAUGGAGCUCUGUCUCCCCUGGCGCCCGAGGAGAUCGCGGCCCUUCUAUCGUGCCUCGUCUUCCAGCACAAGACGCAAUGCGAGCCGCGGCUUACAGAGAUCCUCAAGGAGGGGGUGGAGAAAGUGCGUUCGCUGGCCGAGCGGCUGGCCGUGGUGCAGAGGGAGUGCGGUCUCAGGGAGUCCGUAGAAGACUUUGUGGCUCAGUACAAGUUCGGUCUAACGGAGGUUGUGUACGAAUGGGCGCGCGGCAUGCCCUUCGCGGAGAUCAUGGCGCUGACGGACAUCCAGGAAGGCCUGAUCGUGCGUUGCAUUCAGCGGCUGGACGAAGCCUGCCGAGACGUCCGCUCUGCUGCGCGUCUGGUGGGAGACGCCACCCUCUGCGCCAAGAUGGACGCGGCCUCGCAGCUCAUCAAGAGAGACAUCAUAUUUGCUGCCAGCCUGUACACGCAGUGACCUGCGCAGAGGUUAU